UAGUAUACCAAGUAUUAAAACAAAUAGCCACCAAAACCAUCAAGAUCAAAAACAAAGUUCCUUUUUGUGGUAAAUUAUCUUUGUUUUAUCAACAAAGCCCUUUCAUAAAAUAAAAUUAAAAAAAAUGACCACUAAAAAAAACGCCAUUACAUGUGAAAGCCCCUUUCUCUCUCCUAUAAAUCCACCCUUUUCUCUUCCAGAGACUCCAUUACAGCAAACUCCUCCAUUCUCUAGAAACUUCCUUCUCCGGCGGCGGAGUUCCGGCGUUUCCGGCGGCGAUUGCGGCGGCGAGUGGGCGGUGCAACGAACAGAGAGUGUGAAAGUGCUGCUGUAUGUCAAUUGUUGAGUACUUUGCUGACGAUAAUUACUAUUACUUUUACACUGGGAUCUCUAAUCCUCUUCAAUGGCCUCAACUUCGCAAAAAACGUCGUCUUCUUCUUCUUCUUCAAUCUGCUGUAAUCCCGGCGAGAUCCGUAAUUCUUCGCCGUCUUCCGUCGUCGUCGAUCGGUCUCCGGCGGCCGAUGAUCGGAUUGUGGGUGAGAGACCGGCGAAUUUGAUUCAUUCUGUUGAAUCGCUUCCUGAAAGUCCUACCGUAACUGCUGCUUCCAAACCUAAAGGGGCCUCUUUGCCAUGGAGGGGUCGAACAAGCCACCCAUUGGAUCCAUUAUCAGCUACUGAAAUCAAGGUGGCAGUUGCUACUGUCAGAGCUGCAGGAGCAACUCCAGAGGAGAGAGAUAGCAUGCGGUUUAUUGAGGUGGUUUUAGUGGAGCCAGAAAAGCUUGUCAUUGCUAUGGCAGAUGCAUAUUUCUUUCCUCCUUUCCAGCCCUCUUUGCUGCCGAGGGUAAAAGGCAGACCUGUAAUACCUUCUAAGCUUCCCCCGCGUCAGGCAAGACUCAUUGUCUACAAUAAAAAGUCAAAUGAGACUAGCAUAUGGAUUGUUGAACUCCUCGAAAUUCAUGCUACUACACGAGGGGGCCACCAUAAGGGCAAAGUCAUUUCGUCCAAAGUUGUUCCUGAUGUUCAGCCUCCCAUGGAUGCUGUAGAAUAUGCUGAGUGUGAAGCAGUUGUGAAGGAUUAUCCACCAUUCCGAGAGGCAAUGAAAAAGAGGGGUAUUGAUGAUAUGGAUCUCGUUAUGGUAGAUGCAUGGUGCGUUGGUUAUCACAGUGAGGCUGACUCUCCAAGCCGUAGGCUCGCUAAGCCCCUUAUCUUCUGCAGAACUGAGAGUGAUUGUCCGAUGGAGAAUGGUUAUGCUCGUCCAGUUGAAGGAAUCCAUGUUCUGGUUGAUAUGCAAAAUAUGGUAUUGGUUGAGUUUGAGGACAAAAAAUUUGUUCCUCUACCACCUGCUGAUCCAUUAAGAAAUUACACACCUGGUGAAACAAGAGGAGGUGUUGAUCGAAGUGAUGUAAAACCAUUGCAUAUUCUUCAGCCUGAAGGGCCUAGUUUUCGAGUGAAAGGCCAUUUUGUUGAAUGGCAAAAGUGGAGUUUUCGUGUUGGAUUUACUCCUCGGGAAGGUUUGGUUAUACAUUCUGUUGCAUAUGUUGAUGGAAGUAGAGGCCGCCGUUCUGUAGCUCAGAGGUUAAGCUUUGUUGAGAUGGUGGUUCCUUAUGGUGAUCCAAAUGAACCACAUUACAGGAAGAACGCAUUUGAUGCUGGUGAAGAUGGUCUGGGAAAGAAUGCGCAUUCUCUGAAAAAGGGUUGUGAUUGUUUAGGCUCUAUCAAAUAUUUUGAUUCCCAUUUUACAAACUUUACUGGAGGUGUUGAAACAAUUGAAAAUUGUGUCUGUUUGCACGAGGAAGACCGUGGAAUAUUAUGGAAGCAUCAAGACUGGCGAACAGGGUUAGCUGAAGUGAGAAGAUCUAGAAGGCUUACUGUUUCCUUCAUCUGCACAGUGGCCAAUUAUGAGUAUGGAUUCUAUUGGCACUUUUACCAGGAUGGCAAGAUUGAGGCUGAAGUUAAACUUACUGGGAUUCUCAGCGUAGGAGCACUUCUGCCUGGUGAAGUACGAAAAUAUGGUACUACAAUUGCUCCUGGGUUGUAUGCACCUGUACAUCAGCACUUUUUCGUUGCUCGUAUGGACAUGGCUGUUGAUUGCAAGCCUGGCGAAGCUCUGAAUCAGGUUGUUGAGCUGAAUGUCAAGGUACAGGAACCUGGGAAAGACAAUGUUCAUAAUAAUGCAUUCUAUGCGGAGGAGAAGCUACUUAGAUCUGAGUUACAGGCAGUGCGUGAUUGUAAUCCAUUGACUGCCCGCCACUGGAUUGUCAGGAAUACAAGAACAGUUAACCGUACUGGCCAGCUGACUGGUUACAAGCUUAUGCCGGGGUCAAACUGUUUACCAUUAGCAGGUCCUGAGGCUAAAUUCCUGAGAAGAGCUGCCUUCUUGAAGCAUAACUUAUGGGUUACACAAUAUGCUCCUAAUGAGAUGUUUCCUGGUGGAGAAUUCCCAAAUCAAAAUCCACGUGCUGGGGAAGGGCUGGCUUCUUGGGUUAAACAAAAUCGUUCUUUGGAGGAGGCUGAUGUAGUUCUUUGGUAUGUAUUUGGGUUGACACACAUACCGCGUCUGGAGGACUGGCCAGUCAUGCCUGUCGAACAUCUGGGCUUUACACUCAUGCCCCACGGAUUCUUUAAUUGUUCACCUGCAGUUGAUGUACCACCCAACACACAUGAGUCUGAUAUGAAGGAAACUAAUGUUGUGGGUGCUAAGCCUAUUCAAAAUGCGAUGAUUGCCAAACUCUAAGGAAUUGAGAAUGUCUGUUUACUUGCACUUGCAGUGUCCAUUAGCUUGAAAUCUAUCAUUGGAGUUGCCCAAUAAUUUCCUGUCGUAAAGAUUUCAAUAAGUUGAUCCUAAUGUGAACCAUAGUGUUUAGAUUGAAGAUGGUUUAUGAUGGUACUUUCAACAAAGUGCAAUAUUACAAAUCAUUUUGGCAUACUUGAGAUGAGGCCAAUUACUAAUGUGAUUGUUUCAUAUGGUUUGCAUGCGUCAUACAAUAACGUUUUGGACAGAAUAUGUUUGUGGUGUUUUGAGAAAACAAAUGUGUUAAUUUCCAAAUUGCCUGGAGAGAAUUGGAUAUUGUUUUUGUAACGAAAGGUACCAAAUUGUUCAUGCUAUAAUUUUAUUAAUAACAUGACUUGAUGUUGACUUGAA